UCACUCUGUCUCUCAGAACAUGGACACUUCCCGACUUCUCCUCCUCGUCUACAUGGUGAUAACUACAUCUGAAUGUUCAGAGACAGCAGAGCCCGGAUGUCACAAACUUGACACAAAAACUCGCAAACUUAAUGAAGGGGAGGCGUUUCAUUUUGUGCAUGACAAUCUCGACAUCAACGUGCCCGAUGAAGAGAUCACAUGGUUCAAUAAUAACCAGACUGAGAUCACUGCUGACGAAAAUGAGACCGUGCAUUACCACGGUCGAUCUCUCUUUUUCUUAAACCUUCUCCCCGAGGACUCUGGAUUGUACAGCACCCGGCAUAACACAUCAUCAGGGAAGUGUACAAACUAUACAAUAAGAGUUUACGUCCUCAAGAAAUUCGUCUUCGAACCUAUCAUUAACUCUGACAUUACCAAAAAGGUCAGAUGCCCAAGUCAUGUCAGCCACACAUGUACCACAUUGAGAGGAGAACUCACCUGGAACAAGGACAACAAGACCCUUCAUGGUCAAAAUGAAUACACUCUUUGGGUUGAAAAUGCUAAGAAAAAGGACGAGGGAAUCUACACCUGCGUUUGCACCUGGACACACAACGGCAAGAAGUACAACACUUCAGGACAUAGGAAUCUAACAGUUCAAGGAGUCAAGGUGUCCUACCGUAAAUUACAGAUCAUCUCACCGACCAACGAGGAGCAGCUUGCUGAUGAAGGUAUGAACAGCUGAUAACUC